GAUAAUAAACGCCGACACAGCGAUGACACGUGCAUGGAUGCAUCACUGCACUGAACGCAAUGAACUCAAUCAAUAAAUUGUCCGUCCGUGACCCACAGUAUUUAGCCUAGCGAAGUACGUUGGUACGGUACACGAUUUUAUUGUAAAAUGCAAUUCUGUACGCCUACUUCUACUUCCGUGAGUGGGAUGCUGACAUAAGCUGUACUCCAUGUAGUGUAUUCAUUGUAGGCCUAUUGUAUUGUACCACAAAAGCAGCCGAUACCUAUACCUCCAUGUUAAAAGGAUACGAGAUAUAGUCCAUAAUCGCUGCAAUCCUGCCUUGGAUUUCGUCCCAUUAAGCAUGGCUGAUGUGAUAGGCCUACUAGACGAUAAUUGCGAAACGGUGGAUAGCAGUGACGAUCGGCAUCCAGUCAGGCCUAGCGGUUUCUGCUACAGGUAUGCGAAGUUUCUGGCUCGUUUCUGGUACGUCGUGUGCCUUCUAGUAUUUGUGAUAGUUACUGCAUGUGGCGUGGUCACAUUCAAGGUAUAUGAUCUGCCGGAUUUCUCCGAACCACAAAAGGGAUUUGAAGCAAGGGGGACGGUGAUUAGGUCACGAGAAUUUAGUCUCCUCCACCUGAGAGACAACGACUUGCUGGUUCCACGCCCCUCGGAUGCCGACGUUAACCAGGGCAAUUUUUCCAAGACCAGCGGUUCCUUGAAGUUUCGAGGCCCCCGCACGGUGGACAAUAAGCCUUUGGUUCCAGCUGGCCAAUCGCUCAGCUCCAUCGAUGCUCAAAGUGAUACCAUGGUGGAGAGCAGUGACUUGGAGCCUACAUCAUCAACAGGAUUUCAGUUCUGCACUUCGAUAUGGAAUGAGGGUCAAUACAGCGUAAGCACAAUGGUGUUUGAAGGAGUAGAUGGAACCAACGUAUUGACAAUGGAAGCCAUCAAGUCAGUUUGCGAAGCCGAGAAGCGACUGGUAACAUUCCAUCCAGCGUACAAAAGCAAUUGCGACUGCAGCUUUCAAGGGAGCGGCGACUGCCCAACUUGGUCCAUAGGUAACUACGUAGCCUUGCUUGCCAACAAGACAUCGUGUGCAGAUAUCGAGCAAGAAGAUGUAAGACGCGCGACAGACUUACUGGCGCUCUGCGCACCUAUUUACGGAAAUACAUCCAAAGAAGAUCUGCUCAACCCUGAUCUUCGCAAGAACCUUCCUGAUGAGUGCAUCCAACAUAAGUACGCUGCUUUUGCGAUAUUGCACUACCUCCUCCCAAUAGCUUUCAGUCAAAAUAUCGAUGGUCAGACGGCCCUUUCAUCCCCUAUCUGUGAAGUUCUGUUUCCUAUAACUGACAGUGAUGCCUUGGAGACCAUCUUUAAGGAAAGUGUGGAAAAGAAGUCAGAUACAGAUGGUAUCACGAGGCUCAAGGCCGUUUCCUUUCACAUCAAAUUCGAGCUGUUUUCUGAUCUACUCAUAUCUGAUGUUAUGUACAUGGCUAUAUCUGCCGGGGCCAUUUUCCUCCUAAUUUGGGUGUACACUGGUUCACUUUUGGUGGCCAUAGUUGCCUUUCUUAACAUUGUUUUCUCACUCGUUCUGGCCGAUUUUUGUUACACAGUUGUGUUUGUUAGGCCCUUCUUUCCCUUUGCAAACAUUAUAACUGUAAUUUUAAUGCUGGGGGUCGGAGCAGAUGAUACAUUUGUGUACAUGGACUUGUGGAAGAAAACCAAGUCGGAAAUGGGUGAUCGAGAUAUACCAGGACUGGUCUGUGAGACCCUUCGCCAUGCUUCAGCUACAAUGAUCGUGACGAGCCUCACCACGGCUGCCGCUCUCUACGCAACGGUCUUCAGUCACAUCACCGCUUUGAAAUGCUUCGCAGUGUUUGCAGGUACAGGGAUCAUCAUGAACUUGGUAUUGACACUGACACUGCUCCCUGCCGUUAUCGUCAUGCAGCACAAAUUGGCCACGUGGUGUUGCUCACUGAAGAUUUGCUCCCAGUCCUGUCUGUCAAAAGGCAACGGAUGCUUGAAAACUCUCUCACAGCGUGUGAAGAUGGUUUACGAGGAUCUAAUCCCGUUUCUUGUUUUGAAGCUUAGGUACGUCUGGAUUGUUCUUUUUCUGCUGCUGAUGACUGGAGGCGCUGUGGUAGUGUUUUAUUAUCCACGUUUCCGGCUCCCAUCCAGUGCUGAGUUUCAGGUCUUCGUCUCUUCUCAUUACUUUGAACAGUACGACUUUGUUUACAGAGAACAGUUUGCGUUUUCGCAGGAGAGGUUUUACGAUGCCCGAGGUUCUGUCACGUGGGGAGUCCAGGCACUGGACAAUGGUAAUACAUGGGAUCCAGACGACCAAGGAACUCUACUAUUAGAUGAUGGUUUCAAGUUUUCAAGUCUUGAAGAUCAGGCAUGGUUGUUGAAUUUUUGUCAGGACCUCCGAAAGCAAGCAUUUUACAGGUCAGAAACGCAAAUUGAUUGUUUCAUCGAACCUUUUGUAGAUUUCAUGCAGAAUCCAAGAUGUAAAACGUUUGGAAUAGACUUGUCUCCUUGCUGUAACCAGUCUGAAUCAACGUACAGCCCUUACCUCUUCGAAACUUGUAUGGCUAAAUUUGCUGAUCUGUCACUUUUUUAUCAGCAGGUGUUUUUUCGCAAGACCGACGCCAAACUCGCAGUUAUCAAAAUCGAUUUCCAGACAAUAUUUCCAAGCAGUUACAACUUCGCUAAAAAUGAUGAGUUUUGGGUGAAUGUCAACACAUGGGUUGAGGACAAGCUCGAGUCGGCGCCGAAAUCCUUACAACGGGGCUGGUUUGUCGGCACCUAUGGAGGACUUUUGUUUUAUGAUUUGCAACAGAGUCUGGCGACUGGCACCCGCAACUCCAUGGUCAUCACCCUGGCAGUAGCGUCUGGUAUCCUGCUUCUGGCAAUGCGCAAUCUAUUGCUGACUCUCCUGUCCAUGCUGACAAUAGCGAGCGCUGUGUUUGUCACCGUGGCCAGUCUUGUCCUGCUUGGCUGGGAAUUGAAUAUUGUCGAGGCAACCAUUAUCACAUUGGCUGUUGGUCUGUCUGUUGAUUUCACGAUCCAUUAUGGGGUGGCUUACAAACUCUCCCCAAGUGACACUAGAAGGCAGCGUGCACGAUACUCACUAACCACCAUGACUCCUGCUAUUACUUUAGCCGCAUUCUCCACGUUCCUUGCAGGUGCUCUUGUCCUGCCUUCCACAGUCUUGUUUUACAAUCGAUUUGCAAUUUUUCUGAUGCUAGUCAUGAGCAUAAGCUGGGCGCACGGUACAUUCUUUUUCCAGUCUCUCUGCAUGGUGAUUGGACCGCAGGGUUCAUGCGGCGAUAUCCCAGGUCUGUCUAAAUGUGGGUGCUCGAAGCAAGAAACGGGUAAUGUUCAACCGGAGCAAGAGCAAACAAGCAUGCACACUUAUGACAAUCACGUCGAAACAAAUGUACUUUCAGACGAUGUGGAUUUCAUAUUGGGUACUGAUCAGGCUUUGCCGCCUGAACAGAACUAUUCCAUGUCUCUUUGAUCAUAGUUAGGGUCUGAUAAAUGUCAUAUGAUUGAUGAGAUUCUUUUGAAGACUAUCUGUGGUUCUGUUGAAGCAUUCGCGUUGUACGGUGUGCAAAAUCACAUUCAGUGUUUAACGUGACCGGUUACAUGAACUCUUUAAGAAUACUAUUAAUUAGUGACACCUGCUGAUGCUGAUUUUAAGAAGUAAUGGAAUUAAUUUUGUUCAAUGUCAAAUAAAACUAGGUUACGAAUUUGAGGGGUUUAUGAGCUGAAUGUUUAAAGAAUAAAAUUUGCAACGGCCGUGUUGAUUAGGAGUAAUUUAAACAUGAUGCCUUGCAACAAAAUCAUUGACAUGUUUAAACUCUUCUGGAGAAUACUGCAAGCCUUUUAUACUAAAUGUCAUAUUGUUGAGGUAAAUUGGAUUUGUUUAUUAUACUUCUUAUAUAUAUUUUUUAUAUAAAAAAUAUUUUUGAUACAUUUUUCUCAUCAACGGGAUCAUUUAUCUCCACCUAUAUAUGGUUUUAUUUCAGAUCUUGUAACCAUCUCAGGUAACAUUUUUCGUUACCUCAGCAUUUUUCGGUGCAUCAGUGCUGUUUUAAUGUAUAUAUACAACAGCAACAUUUUGAAUAUAAUAUUUUGUAUAAAUAGACGGCUGUGUAUAUAUUGGAUACUCUUAUUUUUUUAUGUCGUGGUGAAAGUAGAAAUAUAAUGUACCACAUUUAUUUGAUAAGCAAACUUUGAGUCUAUACAGCAGUGCUGUAGUCGAGUCCUCACAAAUCCAUUACAAGUCCAUCACAAGUCCUCACAAGUCCAUCACAAGUAAACAUCACUUGUAAGUCCAUCACAAGUCCUCACAAGUCCAUCA